AUGCCAGUCGCUGACGUCGCUUGCACGAACCUCGCCGCUGGAUGCCCGUCGCUGCCGUGCUCGCUCCGCCCGUUGUUGCCGUGCUCUGCCUCGACGCCUAUUGCCGACUACUUGACGCAAGCAGAUCUGAGCCGAGCUCAUCUCCGCUCGCGACCCACCACCGCUGCUCGCGCCAGAAGCCCCGACGACGUUGAUUAUGCUAGACAGAACACAUUUUCACUGCUAGAGGAGCGAUUACGAGAUCCUUCUCUAUUUGUUAGGAAGAAUGCUGUUCUUGUGCUCUCCCAUCUCAUAUUGAAUGAUAUGAUGAAGGUGAUUAACCAUCUUAGACCUGAAUACUUAGAAGAUGAAACGGACACCUUCCAGGGUGUGGAUGAUUGGGAUGUUCCCUGUGGAGAAUUACGUGGAGAAUCUCUUAAUUUAAGCCAGGAGGUAUGCGGUCCUUUUGAGAUGUCUGAUUCACUAAUGGAACUGGAGGAAAGGCUGAAGCUUCAGCAAGAGCCAUUGGAUCAUGGACCUACUAUUAUUUAUGUCCCUACGAGGAAAGAAACUUUGAUAAUUGCCAAAUUCUUGUGUGACUUCGGCAUCAAAGCAGCAGCUUAUAAUGCCAAGGUUUCAUUCUGCAUAAUAAAUACCCUUUUUAAUUGAUGUAUUCUCAAUUUGAUGGUUUCAUUUUGGUAUCAUUCUUGCUUCAAACUA